AUGAGCAUCAUUGGUGUGGACCCAGCAGCUAAAUGUAAUAAUAGGGUCGAGUUGCCACACUUCACUUCUGAUAAGUUCUUCUUCGUCCUUCUGCCACCUAUUAUCCUGGACUCUGCCUACUCCCUCCAUGACCGAGCCUUUUUCGAUAACCUGGGCACAGUGCUCGUCUUUGCAGUCAUUGGAACGGUAUUAAACAUUUUUACAAUUGGUGAGUAUCAGGAAUUUGCAGAGAGCUUAGUAUUCUCCUCUCUCAUCUCUGCUGUGGAUCCAGUGGCAGUUCUGGCCAUUUUUCAAGAGCUUGGGGUAAAUAAAGACCUCUACUUCCUCAUCUUUGGCGAGUCACUCCUCAAUGAUGGUGUGACGGUGGUGAUGUACAAUACGAUGCAGGCCUUCAUGUCCAUGAGUAUGGUAACAGCAGGCCAGUAUGCCCUGGCCAUCAUUGCGUUCUUCAUUGUUGUGUGUGGAGGCAUCUUCAUUGGCAUCUUCUUUGGCUGCCUCACAGCCCUCAUCACCAAGUCUACAACAGAUGUUAGAGUUGUUGAGCCUCUGGCAAUGCUGGGUCUGGCCUACCUUAGUUACCUGACAGCCGAGCUGUUUCAUUUCUCAGGCAUCAUUAGUCUCAUUGUUUGUGGGCUCCUCCAAGCACAUUAUGCCUUUAACAACAUUUCACAGAAGUCAUACACAUGUGUCAAAUAUUUCACCAAAAUGGCCAGUGCAACGUGCGACACGAUCAUUUUCAUGUUCUUGGGGAUGGUGCUUGUGAGCGACGACCAUGUCUGGCACACUGGUUUUGUCCUCUGGAGUAUCGUAUUGUGUUUCAUCUAUAGAUUUAUUGUGGUGUUCGUGCUAACAGGAAUAAUGAACAACUACCGUGUGAAAAAGAUUGGUAAAGAAGAGCAGUUCAUCACUGCAUAUGGUGGCCUCCGGGGGGCUGUAGCAUUCUCCUUGGUGAACAUGCUGGACAAGAAAUUAAAGCCUCGCAAAAUAUUUGUUACAACUACAUUAGUUGUUAUUCUUGCCACUAUCUUCCUCCAGGGCAUGACAAUUAAACCUCUAGUCAACCUUCUUCAGAUUCAGAAGCGAAGGGUUGGGCGUAACAAUUUAAAUGAGGAAAUCAACGGUACUGCCAUGGAUCACAUCAUGGCUGGCGUGGAGGAGAUUCUUGGCCAGCAUGGAGACUUUUACCUCAGGGAGCUGAUGAUACACUACAAUGAUAAGUACCUCAAAAAGUGGUUUCUCCGGCCUUCGUGUGAAACAAAACUACAAAGGCUUUUUGAAAAAAUUGCCAUUUCAGAGCAUUAUGCUCAUCUCUAUGGGCCAGUAGCCAUGAUUGAGGACAAGGUCAAACCUCUCUGCCCCUCCAUUAAAAAAGGGCAGAGAACACGUGUCUCAUCCUUCUCAGAAUCACACUCCGAUGAGAUUCUGAUCAAUCCAAGGUUACGUCUUGAGAGCGGAGAUCAUGGCGAUGCACACAACCUUCCUGGACUUAUUAAUGAUGGGAGUGUGCAACUAAGGAAGAAACGUGGAUCAGUACUGCACGUGAGACAGUCUAGGGUAGCUUCAGAAGGUUCACAGCUCUCCUUGUCUCACCAGUCCUCACACGAUGCUCAGACCCUCCGCAAGGCUUUCAGGAGCAACCCUUACAACAAGCUUCACUACAAGUACAAUCCCAACCUGGUCGAGGAGGAGGAUCAGGAGCUGGCUGAGCACUUGCACCGUCGUCACCUUAAUGCUCGUAGGAUGAGUCGUCUGGCAACAUCGUCUCGUGCUCCACCUUAUGAUUAUCAACGGCAGUUCACACCAGCAGAUCCCACAACAGAUCUAGACUUACAAGAUGGUGUAGCGGAGCUGGUGGAACGCCACUUUGCUCGACGCAGAACUAUGUCAACCCUGCGUCGUGGUGCACCCCUGCAAACCUGCUAUUCCUCCCCUGGACCAGGUGCAGAUUACCCCGUGUCAAUGCAGAUUCUUCAAGCACUACAAGAAGCUGCUGAACCAUGUUCUAGUCUUCCAGACAUGAGAACCCAAGCUGAUGCAACAGAGGAACCAUCACACAUGAGACCUCCUUCAGUUUUCUCAGAUCCUGGUAGGAGUGUGGCUACUGAAGAACUGAUCAAAGAAAUAGAAUUAGAAAGUAUAGAGCCUGCUAGUUUGACUGACAACACUGAGAACAGCAGAAGUGAAGAGGAAGCACUUCUGGCAUCCAUUACUGAGGUGGAUUCAAGUGCUCCAAAUGCUGAGACUGAGGGGAAAGAGUAGAUAAAUCUUAAAUUUCGUUAGAAACACAAGAUAACUCAUAGUAUUGUACAGAAAAAGAAACUUCAGUGUUGUGUGUGUAUACUCGCCUAUAUAUAUGCUAGCAGGGGUUGAUUCGUAAGUCCUGGCAUGUGCGCACACGUGUAUGCAUGUGGUGUGUGUGUGUGUGUGUGUGCACGUGCAUGCGUGCUCACCUAUUUGUGGUUUCAGGGACCACCUCUUUGCUAGUCGCUACUAGGUCUACUCCUUCCCUGCUCCAAGAGCCUUAUCAUACCUGCCUCCACUACUUCACUCUCCAGGUUGUUCCACUUCCUGACAACUCUAAAGCUGAAGAAAUGCUUCCUAACAAUCCUGUCUGACUUAUCUGAUUUUUUAACUUCCAGUUGUGUCUCCUUAUUCUUUUGUUCCAUCUCUGAAACAUCCUUGCCCUGUCCACCUUGUCAAUUCCUCUCCGUAUUUUAUACCUUGUUAGCAUGUCUUUCCCUGUCCCUCCUAUCUCCCAAUGUCGUCAGGUUGAGUUCCCUUAACCUCUCCUCAUAGGACAUACCCUUUAGCUCCAGGACUAGUCUUGUUGCAAACUUUUACACUUUCUCCAUUUUCUUGACUUGUUUGACCAGGUGUGGGUUCCAUACUGGUGCUGCAUACUCCAGUAUGGGCCUGACAUACGUGGUGUACAGUGCGUGAAUGACUUCUUACUUGUAUGUCAAAAUGCUAUUCUUAGGUUUACCAGACACCCAUAUGCUGCAGCGCUUAUUUGGUUGAUGUUCGCCUCAGGAGAUGUGCUCAGUUUGUUAUGAUGCUCACACCAAGAUCCUUUUCCUUGAGUGAGGUUUGCAGCCUCUGAUGAUCCCUAGAUUGUACCCCACCUCUGGUCUUCUUUGUCCUUCCCAGGCUUCAUGACUUUGCACUUGGUGGGUUUAAAUUCUAGGAGCCAUUUACCAGACAAGGCUUGCAACCUGUCCAGAUCCCCUUGCAAUCUUACCUGAGCCUUGUCCACUUACAUUCCUCUCCUCAUUAGUUCCAUAUUAUCUGCAAGCAGGGACACCUAGUUGUGGUUGCAGGGGUUGAGUCACAGCUCCUGGCCCUGCCUCUUCACUGGUCAUUACUAGAUCACACUUCCUGCUCCACAAGCAUUAUCAUGCCUCUUCUUAAGGCUAUGUAUGGAUCCUGACUCCACUACAUCAUUUCCCCAGACUAUUCCACUUCCUGACAACUCUGUGACUGAAGAAAUACAUACUUCUAACAUCCCUGUGAUUCAUCUGAGUCUUCAACUUCCAACUGUGAUUCCUUGUUGCUGUCUCCCGUCUUUGGAACGUCUUGUCUCUGUCCACCUUGCCAAUUCCUCUCACUAUUGUAUAUGUCAUUAUCAUAUCCUCCCUUUCUCUCCUCUCCUUCAGUGUAGUCAAGUCGACUUUUUUUUUUUUUUUUGUUGUGUGUGUGUGUGUGUGUGUUUUCACCCAUUUAUGGUUGCAGGGGAUAAGUCACAGCUCCUGGCCCUGCCUCUUCAUUGAUCAUUGCUAGGUCCACUUUCCCUGCUGUUUGUGUCACUUUAUGUAAAUCGUCGUCUUUCAAGAAAUCAGGCCGUUUCCCACCUAGGCAGAGUGGCCCAAAAAGAAAACAAAAGUUUCUUUUUUUUAACUUUAGUAAUGUAUACAGGAGAAGGGGUUACUAGCCCCUUGCUCCUGGCUUGUUAGUUGCCUCUUAUGACAUGCAUGGCUUACGGGGGAAGAAUUUUGUUCCACUUCUGUAGUACUUUUUAACACUUGUACAGUGGACCCCCGACUUGCAAUAUUAAUUCGUUCCAGAAGGCUGUUCGGGUGCCAUUACCAAACGACUUUGCUCCCAUAAGAAAUAUUGUAAAUUAGAUUAGUCCGUUUCAGACUCCCAAAAAUACACUUACAAAAGCACUUACAAAAAUACACUUACAUAAUUGUUUGACUUGAGAGCUGAUCAUAAGUUGGGGUGUGAAGGCUUACUCAUUACUCAGCCCUGUAACAACUUCAGACAGUAUUACCAAGGCUGGCUCCUACUCAGGAAAAUUAAUGAAUAGAAAAAGAAAUAAUAAUUCACAAAGAUAAACACUUUAUUAUUUAUUAAUGGAAAGAUAAAACAUUGAAAUAUGAAGGUGUAUCUUACUUGAAAGAAAAAUGAAAUGGAAAAAUGACAUUUGAAUUCAAUGCUAAUAUGUACAGUUAUACUGGGGUGUCUGGUUGAGGUUGACACUGUCUUGUAGAAAUUGUAGCCGUUGCUGAUGCUGUGGGGGGGGGUGUCACAGGUGUUGAGUGACAACCCAACGACUAGUUCUUCACAGAGUCUAUAGCCUUGAAUAGUUAGUCCAAAUGACAGGAACGCAGGUUCUUUACCACUGCAAAGAUGAGGGGUAGUGUCCUGUACAAUUAAUCAGGUAGGUAGAUCAUGAAGUGACGUCCCAGGACCGGUUUCAGUCUGUCUCCUUCAACACUUCUCGUUGGUUGGCAGGUGACCCGAUGUGUCAUUCCAAGCUGGAAAGAGAGACAGGUUACCCACUGCUUAAUAAAUCACUCUCCAUGAUAAGUGUAAGAUACUUAAAAAAAGGUGGUGAUUAUCUAAAAGUCUCAUGUGGAGCUUAAAACUGAAAGGGCUAAGUUUAUUAUUGGUCAAAAGUGAAGCUUUCAACCAAUAUCCACUAGAAUAGGAGCAGAGGCUUUUACUUACAGUUGUGCUGUGAGUUGAGUGAUUACUGUUUGGCCGGAGCCCCACACGUCACCUUUUGGGGUGGGGAGAAAGGGGGGGAGGGGAUAGCGGGAGCUAGACUGACCCUACCUUAACAAGCAGCCGGCAGUCGUUACCAUAUACUCGCUCGACUACUCCUAUCUGUUGAACUUUUCCCUCACACGGGGGUCCACUGUAUAACUUUUAUAUUACUUGAAAUAUACUGUAAUAUUGUAACUUAAUUUUUACAUAUCAAAAAAAUUUGGAUAAAUAAGAUGAUUUUAUAUACAUGACACACACUUUCAAGGCAAAGUAUGACUCUAAAUGUAGAAUAUUUCUCAUACAUAUUAUCUGUAUACACUACUAAUCUUUUUUCUACAAUUACUUCUUCUUUCUUUCAACACACCAGCCGUAUCCCACCGAGGCAGGGUGGCCCAAAAAGAAAAACGAAAGUUUCUCCUUUCAAAUUUAGUAAUAUAUACAGGAGAAGGGGUUACUAGCCCACUUGCUCCCGGCAUUUCAGUCGCCUCUUACGACAUGCAUGGCUUAUGGAGGAAGAAUUCUGUUCCACUUCCCCGUGGAGAUAAGAGGAAAUAAACAAGAACAAGAACUAGAAAGAAAAUAGCAGAAAACCCAGAGGGGUGUGUAUAUAUAUGCUUGUACAUGUAUGUGUAGUGUGACCUAAGUGUAAGUAGAAGUAGCAAAACGUACCUGAAAUCUUGCAUGUUUAUGAGACAGACAAAAGACACCAGCAAUCCUACCAUCAUGUAAAACAAUUACAGGCUUUCGUUUUACAUUCACUUGGCAGAACGGUAGUACCUCCCUGGGCGGUUGCUGUCUACCAACCUACUACCUAGGUUAUACAAUUACAUAUAUUUAUAUUGCAUCUUUGCUCAGAUUGUGUGUGUGUAUGUGUAUGCACAUAUGUAUAUAUAUUUUUUUCAACACAUCGGCCAUCUCCCACCAAGGCAGAAGAGGAAGAAACACUUCAUCAUUCAACACUUUCACCAUCAAUCACACAUAAUCACUGUCUUUGCAGAGGCACCCAGACAUGACAGUUCAGAUGUCACUCCAAAUAGCCAAUAUCCCAAACCUCUCCUUUAAAGUGUAGGCACUGCACUUUAAAGAAGAAAGUUUAGGAUAUUGGCUCAGUCCAGCUAACUGGUUUUCCUGAAUCCCAUAACAAAAUAUUACCCUGCUCACACUCCAGAAGCUUGUCAAGUACCAAAAACCAUUUGUCUCCAUUCACUCCUAUCUAACAUGCUUACACAUGCCCCUUGCACACAAAACCUCUUUUACCCCUUUCCUGCAUUCUUUCCUAUGACAACCCCAACCCCUACCCCUACCCCUACCCUUCCCUCUACAGAUUUAUACACCCUCCAAGUCAUUCUAUUUUUCACCAUCCUCUCUAUAUGACCAGAUCACCUCAAUAACCCCUUUUCCGCCUUCUUGAAUAAUACUUUUUGUAACUCUGCAUUGCCUCCUAAUUUCCACACUACGAAUUCUCUGCAUAAUAUUUACACCACACAAUUGCCUUUAGACACGACAUCUCCACUGGCUCCAGCCUCCUCCUCACUGAAGCAUUUACAACCCAUGCUUCACACCUGUGGGUUUAGCGCUUCUUUUUGAUUAUAAUAAUAAAAAUAAUAAUUCACACCUGUGAAAAUGUGUGUGGUCUUCCUUCUUGUGAGGUGCUCACCUUAGCCAGUACUAUUGACACAGACCAUGAGAUUAGUCAUUUCAGUCUCACAAGUGGCUUUUAGAACACAUUUCCAUAUGUAAAUUUACCUUGCAAGAAAUUCCUGUCUACAUGCACAAAAGAGUGACUUACUUGGAGAUGGAGAAUAUGCUACUAGAAAUCCCCUGAUUCUACCCAAGCAAACCUAGAUACCUCUGGUCCCCCUCUGCAUGUGCAGUGAAGGACUUAUUCCUGCAAGUAUUCAGAUGGUAUUAGUAUCCCCAGCCUGCACCUUAAGGAUCCCUGAAUUCAAUAGGUAUUUCCUAAUAAAUAUUAAGCAGUCAGUGAGACACUAGCUUCUGAACUAAUACUGAAGGGGAGUUGCCCUGCAAUCUAAAUUACUGGAUCAUGGGGCAUUCGCCCACUUAUAACCACAGUUCAAAUAACUCGCAUUUCUCAGAAUACUGCUGGCCAACCAUACUAAAAGAAAUGAAAGGUAUUGUCUUACUACGGGGCCUGGGUAGAGACGAAAUUCUACAGUACUUUGGGAUGCCUCUAGGUGAAGUCCAGGCUGGUAUUUUGAAGACACGUGGGGCUCUGAGCUGUAGCUACCACCUUUCUAUGUACAUGUAGCAUCUCACUUUUCCCUACCCCCCUGGGAAGUUCCAGCUGUUCGAGUCUGUUCUUUCUCUCUCUUGCUCGAAAGCCCAACUGUCUACGGUCGCUUCCCGCUCUCUUUUUCUUGACCACUUUCACUCUCAUUCUCAUGCCAUUGCUGUGUACACAGAUGGCUCUAGGUCUUCUGACGGCGUAGGAUUCACAGCAGUGUUUCUGGACAGCAUCGUACAAGGGCAUUUACUAUCUUCGGCUAGUAUUUUUACUGCUGAAUUGUAUGCCAUCCUUACAGCACUUAUCCGUAUUGCAUCUAUGCCUGUGUCAUCAUUUGUAGUUGUCUCAGACUCCCUUAGUGCUUUACAGGCUAUACAGAAAUUUGAUACACCUCAUCCCUUAGUCCUCCGUAUCCAACUUUGGCUACGCCGCAUCUUUACCAAGCAUAAAGAUAUUGUUUUUUGUUGGGUCCCUGGUCAUGUUGACGUACAGGGCAAUGAACAGGCAGACACUGCUGCGCGGUCAGCAGUACAUGACCUACCAGUUUCAUGUAGAGAUAUUCCAUUUACGGACUAUUUUGCUGCAAUAUCUGCCCAACUUCACACCCGUUGGCAACAACGUUGGUCUACUAUGCUCGGCAAUAAACUUCAAUCUAUUAAACCGAGUAUAGGUUACUGGCCGUCUUCUUAUCACCAGUGUCGAGGUUGGGAGACUACUCUCUCCCGUCUUCGCAUUGACCAUACUCGUCUUACUCAUGGAUAUCUCAUGGAGAGGCGCCCUGCUCCUCUCUGUGAGAAUUGCCAAGUUCCAUUAUCAGUCAGCCACAUUCUGUUGGACUGCCCACUUUAUCAACGAGCACGCAGAAUUUACCUCCGUCGUCGUCUUCGCUCUGCUGCUCUCUCUUUACCUUCCCUUCUCGCUGAUGGACCCACCUUUCAUCCAGACUCUCUCAUUGACUUUUUGACAACAACUGACUUACUUCACAAAUUCUGAUACCUUCAGCCCUUUCUACUUCAAUCUCUUGCUACCCUCUACCCCCGUACUAUCCCCUGCCCCGCUGUUUUCUGUAACCUACUGAUCAUCCCUCCUCCCUUCUGCCAUCCAAUACCCUCGCUUCCUUCCCUACCCUGCAGCGCUGUAUAGCCCUUGUGGCUUAGCGCUUCUUUUUGAUUAUAAUAAUAAUCUGAGCUGUAGCUCUCGCGACCCUUUUGUCACCAGGGUGUCUUGUCCUAGAAGGGCGAGCUAGCAUCUGUUCAAUCCUGUCUUGCCUCCAUUCAAGCAUGGGGUUGCUAGGCUUCGCAAUUCAUCUAGUCUUCUUACUUGAUACAACCUAAUACUAACCUUCAUUAAGGUUUAAGGCUACCUAUAUUAAGAUCUAAGGAUACCUUAUUAAUUCUAAUAUUAGUUACUAACAGUUUAUACCUUCCUGAAACCUCAAAGUGUAAAUUUACCAAAUAGUAUGUGUAAACUCUCCAUCUCCACCAUUUGUUUGUUAGGGUGGAUGCUAAGGGCUCUUAAAGCUUAUUUACAAGUGGAUCCAGUCAGUGGAAUUUUUUGGACUAAAUAUGUUUCCACAACACCCAUAUAAUAGUGUUGGUACCACUGUACUCAUACAUUCCUUUCUUUCCCUCCAUGGAUAAUAUUCAGACACUUCAGUGCACCACUCACGUUUUUUCUUUCAUCAGUUCUAUGGUUAACCUCGUCCUUCAUAAACCCAUCUGCUGA